CCCCUCCUCCCGGAAAGGAAGCGGCCCUGUCGAACAGCAGUGGGCUCUUAAAGGGCCAGCAGAGCCAAACGCCCGCUUCUCCUUCCUCUUCCUGCACCGAAAAGCCCUUGACGUGGCUGGGGAAGGAGCCCGCCCUUUCUCCGCUCGGCGACUUUCCCUCCCUUUCCUUCCACCCGCGGAAAGGGAUUCCCAGCCGAGUUUCUCUGCUGGAAAUUGCAAUGCCUUGAACUCUUCCCCAGCCUCCUCUGGCUGUAAUAUUGCCACACUCCUUUUCCGGAAAACAAAACUGAACACAUGACAGAAAGAAAGAAGGAUGGCUGUCUUCACUGCAUCAAGGAACUGUGUUUUAACUCGUCUGACUUUGGCCAAUUGGCGCAAGUGCAUUCAUCCUUACACGUUUUCCAGCGAAGCCUUGAAUGGAUGCAAGUAUCAAGUAACCAAAGGCCAGCAAUGGAAUAAAAACAAUACCACAAGAUGCUACUUAAUGACUGAUAACUCCAGCAUUUAUAGAAAUGUCAUUAAUAAAAGUCAAGGGUGUUUUCUGAACACUAAGAAUGAAGGACUACACAGAGUUGCACAUGUCUGUUCUGGAAGGCCCUAUGCUUUCAUUCAGCAACAGGCAAGAAAAAAAGUAUUGUUGGGAAGAUUUCCCUCUCAGAAGUUGAACAACAUUGCUGAAGUUCAGGAUGUCCAGAUCUUCAGGCCUUUUCAUGGGACGUCAGCACUAAGGGCAGCUCCCGUCCCACUCUUGUGGGUCCUUUUAAAACCAGUUCAGAAACUCUUCGCUAUCAUCUUGGGAAGGAGCAUAAGAAAAUGGUGGCGUGCUCUUCCACCAAACAAGAAGGAAUUAUUUAAGGAAACUGCAAGACGAAAUAAGUGGAAGAUUGCCUUUGGACUAUGUGGCUUUGGAAUUAUAUUUAUCAUGUUUUAUUUUACCCAUUUGGAGGAGACGCCAAUCACUGGGCGUGCUCGGCUUCUGGUGUUUGGGAAGGAACAUUUUGCUGAAUUGUCUCAGUUUGAGUAUAACAUGUGGCUAACAGAAUUUAAAAACAAAAUCUUGCCAGAAACAGACCCCCGUUAUGAAGUGGUAAAAAAAGUUGUGUCUCACCUUUCGGAAAGCAACCAUGAUGUCCCACAGUUCUCUGAAUUCAGGUGGACCAUCCAUGUAGUGGAUGAGCCAGAUGUUAAUGCUUUUGUACUUCCAAAUGGUCAGAUUUUUGUUUUCACCGGUAUGCUGAAGGCUGUGUUGGAUAUCAAUCAGCUGUCUUUCAUUUUGGCCCAUGAAAUUGCUCAUGCUGUUCUGGGACAUGCUGCAGAGAAGGCAAGUCUGGAGCACUUCUUGGAUUUUCUGUUACUCAUUCUUCUCACAAUGAUAUGGGCUGUGUGUCCUCGAGACAGUUUGGCAAUUAUAGGCCAGUGGAUCCAGGCCAGGUUUCAGGAGUUGCUGUUUCAUAGGCCUUAUAGCAGGACAUUAGAAGCCGAAGCUGACAAAGUUGGACUUCAGUUUGCAGCUAAGGCUUGUAUAGACGUAAGGGCAAGUUCUGUAUUUUGGCAGCAAAUGGAACUAGCUGAAACUAUUCAGGGAUAUCCAAGAUUGCCAGAAUGGCUUUCUACACACCCUUCACAUGAGAAUCGCGCUGAACAUUUGGACAGACUAAUACCAGAGGCCAUUAAAAUAAGGGAACACUGCAAUUGCCCUAAGUUGCCUGGUCAGGAUCCACGCCUUAUUUUUAAAAUGACCGUACAGCAACUCCUUCAAGAAUCGGAAUAUGUGAAAGCCUCAAAUGUCACUCUUCAUGGUCAUGACAACACAAAAGUGAAUCUUUCUUUUUUGAAAAAAGAGAAGAUGUCUGCAAAUGCAGCUGGCAAAGAAUUUUCAAAGUGAAACCAUAUAUACUGACUUUAUGCAAAAUAGCAAAAUGGACAGAGAGCAAUGAAUUGUGACUGCAGUUUGAAGAUCUCAGUAUGUUCUUGGAAUCUCGCCAUAGCAUAGACUUGCAGAAUCAUACUUUUGCUUGGAGCCUUCGUAGAGCAAAAUCCAGAAGCUCUUGUUUACAUGGUAUGUUUGUUAGCACCUUAUGUAAACAUAACAGAUCCUCAAACAGACACCUAAAUCUACAGUGUCUCUAAUAGCACAGUGCUACCUUUAUGUGCUUCCUUUCCUUCCCCUUCCUUCGGCAGCCUUUGAAGAGGCCUGAAAACUGGCUCUGGAGGAGUUUCCCAACCAUUUGGAACAGGUUUUCGUUAUGUGCAGGCGGAGGCAGCAGCACAACAGGGAGAUUAUCUCUGAUUCUCCUAGAUUCUGUUAUUCUGCCCACAAAGGUCUGGUGUGGUAUCCUGUCCAGAUAAAUUAUAAUUUGACUUGCCCAAAUUGAUCUAGGAACAGAGAAAUCUUUUCCAGAUCAUGCUAUAAUCACCAAUUUGUUUUUCCAGGUUGAUAUAUCUAAGCCUCUUCCAGUUAAAUUAUGCAAAUAGUUGAGGGAUACUGGAAAGUAAACACUGCUUGCUUAUCAGUCCUUGAAGUUCUUUAAAGUUUAAUCCACUGACUCUUGUUGGAGGCAGAUCUGUUCAUUUCUGCAGAGAAUGAAAUAGUCUUCUGUGCUACUGUUGCCACCUGGGUUUACGGUAAAUUCAGUUAGCUGUGUCCAUCUUAGUUGGAACAUAAUGAGAAGAACUCACUGCCUGUUACAAGAAGCAAUAAAUUGACCAGUGGGCUGGCUAGGACGCCACCUAAUUGCUUGACUCGCUGCUGAGAUGCUUUGGUUUUGUACUGUAAAAAGAGAGAUUGAGUCAACACUUUACUUUAGAUCAUUUCCAGAGAAUUGUGCAGUUAACCUCACUGUGUACAAACAUCUGUAUGGCAUAAGGUGAAAUUUUACUAGUUGAAAUCUGAUAUUUAGUGCCGAGCCUAGUAAGUUACUAGUCAGCAUCUGAAGUGAAAAAGAUUCUACUUUGAAGACUGUAAUUUUUUGCCCAUUAGCUAGCUGCAUGUUUUGUAUAACAUUUGAAGAGUAUUUGUGAGUUCUUACAUGAAAUAUAAAGGUCUGGUAAAUUUCAGAGAGCGAGUGGAGGAUGCUGUUUUCCAUUUUUUGAAGAAUUUAUUUCAGGAGUGUGUGUCUGUAGAGGGAGGUGGAGUUUAUAUAAUGUUUUUAAAAUGGCUCAAUGAUUUUUAAAUGGCCAUUUGAAGUAAUAUUGCUAUAAUUUAUGUUGUUGCAGACCUCUUAGAUUAGAGUUUAGUCUGGAUUACCAAACCAAUGACAUUCUUACAUAAUGAUAAUGGGAAAGUAUUUAUAAAGUGCCACAGAAUGCAUUGUUGGUCCAAAUUAGAAGUCUGCCAAACAUAGUACUCCUGUAAUAUGGUGGGUGCACAUUUCUACAGUAGAGAAACUGAUUUCUUUUUCUUUUCACGUGUCUUGAAUGUCUCUAUCUUAAAUAUCAGGUAAAAUAAAUGGACGAAUAUUUCAAAUUCUUUGCAUAUGUUCAAGGAAUAAACUGCCAAAGAGUUGAGAAUCUCAUUUUUAAUUAAUGCAAACGUUCUGUAGUACAUGAAAUAUGAAAUUCAGAAUGACUCUUUUAUAUGGUGCUUUGAGAAAUAAAUUUGAAAUAUUGGAAAUAGUCAUUAUGCUUCCAUAUGUGCUGGGUUGUCACUUCAAACCAGUAAUGCUGGCCCAUUAAACCUCAGUGGGCAUGUAACUAGUUCGUUUUUUUUCUGGUAUUCCUGUUCUCAUAAAUAAGUCAACAAACAAGCAUUGAUUGAUUAGCAUUUCUCCCAAACUUUGCACUAUACUUUAUUUUGCCUAGACUAUCGGGGCACAAUCGGGGUUGUGAAAACUUUACAAACGGGGGUUAUUGUUGGAUUUUAUAUCCUGGUUUAUAAAUAUCUAUUGCUGGAAAAUAAGAAUCAAAGAUUCAACUGUAUGGUGAUCCAUUUUAAUGAGCCAGAUCAACUCAAUUUGACGAUAGCUGACAUCAUCCUGUGGUCUGUAUUGCUUUCUAGAAAUGUAACUGCAAUAUUGUGUGCCCAAGGCCAACAACCAAAAGUUAUGGCUACAUACAGUACCAGACUUCAAAUCAACAAACAAGCUUUGGCUAUAUUCUAUUUUCUAGACCUCAGGUGUGGAUUACUUCAUAUGCUUUAGAUAUUGCUCAUGUACAUUUUGUCAUUGCCACUGUAAUUUUUGAAGUCCUAUAAAAUACGGACACUUGUAAUAUACUUUAUCUUACCUAGAGCUGUGAUUAGGCUGAACUGAAAGCUGAUCUGGAACUUUGUAGAUCCUUUGGCCAAAGUUACUGUUCAAAAACAGCUUCAGCUAAGUAUAAUGUGUCUCCUCUGAAUGAGUGCCUGGAGGAGAUAAUGGGCUGGAUGAGGAAAAACAAAUUGAAGUCAACUGGCAACUGUCACCCAGAUGACCUUUCCAUCAGCCCCCCCCCCCCACACACACACACACACACGACGACUAUGGAAAGACCUGCCAGUAGAUCUCUGACAGCUACAUCAGCUGUCAGAAUUUAAGACACAAGUGAAGACCUGUCGCUACCCAGACAGUUUUAAUGACGAAUUUUAAACUUCUACUCUAUGUCUAACUUUUGUUUUGUGUAUUUUAAUAUGUAUUUUAUGGAAGUAUGUUUUAAUAUGUGUAUUCUAUGGAGUGUUUUUAAAUUAUUGUAUGCUUUGAUUAUGUGUUUUAGCAGUGUUGUAACCUGCCUUGAGCCAUGAGGAGAGGCAGUUAAGGAAUAAAAUAUUAUUAUUAUUAUUAUUAUUAUUAUUAUUAUUAUUAUUAUUAUUAUUAUUAUUAUUAUUAUUAUUUAGAGCUUUAUGGCUCAUUCCAGCUCCCUGUUUUAGUUGGGAGAUAUGAGGGGGCUGAUAUUUCAGUCCUUGCCUAAGAGACACAAUAAAUCACAAUGCUGGCUCCAUGCCCAGUGUUAGGCUACUACUGCAUGGUUUGUUUACCUGCUCUUGCAAGGAUUAGAAGCAAACAGGGUAUGUGUCAAGAUGUUGGGCUUUAAGUAAAGUGUAAAUACGACCAGUACCAAGUAAGACUACAGUAUUAUAUUAAAAAGAGCUGGAAUUUUUAGCAAGCCUCUUGCAAAGGAUAGGCCGGUCUUGUCUAUUUACAGUGAACUACUGUGUUUUCUGUUUAAAUUGCCAUUCAGUUUUGAGUUGGCUAAAAGAAAGCAUUCACUGUUGACUGGAUAGAGUCAGAUAACAAGCUUGUAAGUUGCAGUUUGUUUACUGACUUCAGCUGCAGAAUCAAAACUUGCUGGAAAAUAGCUACAACUAUUUAGUUUAUUUAGAAAGGAAAUGUUCAAAGUUGGUUGUUUCAGACCUGAUUGGGUGUCUUGAUUUAAUGCAUGUUGUCCUUGUUACAUCAGCAGGUCACCUGUGACAACUGUUAAAAAGCAAACUUUGACCACUUCUGGUUGUGCCUUCAUUUUUUUAUUUGUAGUGAAAGCAUUUACGUUGUUGUUUUGGAAAGAUAUUGGGAGACCUUUACAUGCAGAGGCAGGUAAAAAUAUCUUAGCAGAUACUUUUUACCCAGGUAAAUUGAAUGGUUUUCACUAUACAUUAUCAGUGGGGAGUAAAUUCCAUGGAAUUUGCCCCUCACUGGUAGUCUGUAAUGUAAGCUAUACAAUCUGUUUGGCUGAGUGUAACAAAAGCCUGUUGAGUUUGUAAUACAUUUGUAACAAAAGUGAAUGUAAAUUAAUGUUAAAAAUGCCUGUGGGUUUUGUUUUGUUUGGAGAUUAGGAAAAUGGGUCCUUAAGUAUUUCUUUGUGAGACUUUCUGUCACAUUUCAGAAAGGAUAAACACUUGUUCGGGAACGGAAUCAGCUAAGCUGUAGAAACAUUUUUUUUAGUGAUAAAUAGUUGUCAUUGAUGAAUUGUGACUGCGAAUACUGUUCAUUAUUAGGAAUUGCUGAGGAAAAAUAUAAUAGUGGUAUCAAGACAUAUAAUUCAAAAUUUUGGUUUUUGAUUGCACUUAAAUAUCAAAAUUGUAUUUUUAUAAAAGAGCUGAUUUGUGACAGUUUGUUUUUCCCCCCAAAAUGAUGCCAAGCUUUAUUGAAAAUCUUAAAUUAAGUAAUAAAAUGUUUUCUGGCACCAUAGCAAAGAAUGUCCUGGACAUGGUUGGAAAUCAGUGGAUGUGGUAACAUGGAGCCAGAAACUCAGUUGUUGAACAGAGUUGUGUGAGGAGUGACAAACAUUGAAAGCAGCCACUCAAACACUCUAGUCUCAAGUCAUUUAGAGCUUUAAACUAAUAAGCAGCAUCUUAUAUUUAACUUUUAUACAGCUGACAUGCUAUAUCCAAGGAUUCUCAAUUUACUGCUUCUACUAUCCAUGGAGGACCCUCGGGUGGCCUAGGGGAUAAAAGCCUCGUGACUUAAAGGUUGGGUUGCUGACCUGAAAGCUGCCAGGUUCGAAUCCCACCCGGGGAGAGCGCGAAUGAGCUCCCUCUUUCAGCUCCAGCUCCAUGCGGGGACAUGAGAGAAGCCUUCCACAAGGAUGGUAAAACAUCAAAACAUCCGGGCAUCCCCUGGGCAAUGUCCUUGCAGACGACCAAUUCUUUCACUCCAGAAGCAACUCCGGUUGCUCCUGACACACACAAAAAACCCCAAACUAUCCAUGGAAUAGGUUUUAAAAAAUCCUAUCACUUUAUAUAAGUAUGUCCUCUUUAACCAUUUUCAAGGUCCUCCACUGUAAAUUUGUUGAGCCAAAUGUCGGCUUUGGAACUCCCUCCCCAGUGAGAUUAGAUCAGCCCCCUCCCUCCUGGCAUUCGGAAAGCAGCUUAAAACUUGGCUAUGCAAGCAGGCAUUUGACGAAUGAUGGCAAUACUCAAGCAGCUAAAGGAUACCACGGAUUGAUGCAAUGUUUAAAGUUUUAAUGUUUUAUGCAUAUGUCUGAUGGUUUGUAUUGAUCUUAAUUUUAUAGUUAUAUGUUAUUGCCUUUUAGAUAUGUAAUGUAUUAUUAUAUGGAGGGCUGUUCCCAAAGGGUGUCAUUGGGGGACACCUGCUUGGCCCCACAACCAUUGUCUUGUAGGGUCCCGCAGGGUUCAGCAUUUUCCCCCAUGUUGUUUAACAUAUACAUGAAGCCGCUGGGAGAGAUCAUCCGGAGUUUCGGGGUGAGGUGUCAUCUGUAUGCAGAUGAUGUCCAGCUCUGUCAGUCCUUCCCAGCUGUCACUAAGGAGGCUGUUCUGGUCCUGAACCAGUGUUUGGCUGCUGUGUUGGACUGCAUGAGGGCGAACAAAUUGAAAUUGAAUCCAGACAAGACAGAGGUCCUCCUGGUCAGUCAUAGGGCUGAACAGAGUAUAGGGUUACAGCCUGUGUUGGAAGAGGUUGCACUCCCCCUGAAGACACAGGUUUGCAGUCUGAUUGUUCUCCUGGACUCAUUGCUGAGCCUGGAACCCCAGGUUUCUGCGGUGGCCAGGGGAGCAUUCGCACAGUUAAGACUUGUGCGCCAGCUGCGCCCGUACCUUGGGAAGUCUGACUUGGCCACGGUGGUCCACACUCUGGUUACAUCCCGUUUGGAUUUCUGCAACGCUCUCUAUGUGGGAUUGCCUUUGAAGAUGGCCUGGAAGCUUCCAUUAGUACAAUGGGCGGCAGCCAGAUUAACAACUGGGGCGGCUUACAGGGAGCAUACCAUCCCCCUGCUAAGACAGCUCCACUGGCUGCCAAUAUGCUACCGAGCCCAAAAGUGCUGGUUUUGACCUAUAAAGCCCUAAACGGUUCUGGCCCAAUUUACAUAUCCAAACGUAUCUCUUAUGAGCCAUCUAAAACCCUAAGAUCAUCCGGAGAGGCCUGCUCUCAGUCCCACCUGCCCCGCAAGCGUGGCUGGUGGGAACGAGGGACAGGGCCUAAUCUGUGGUGGCUCCCUGGCUGUGGAACACUUUCCCUAGCAACAUCCGACAAGCCCCGACUCUUCUGGGCUUUAGAAAAGCUUUAAAGACAUGGUUGUUUGUCCAAGAAUUUAAUGAAUAAACAUUUGAGUCGACAUGGUCUGAAUCAUGGUUUACUCACGAGGUUACGGAUAAAUGGAUUCAAUUAAAUAUAUGUUUUUAAAUUUUAUAAUGUGUUUUAAUAGUGUUAUUAAUUGAUUUGUAUGUAUUGUUUUGAUCUUAAUUAUUGUGUUUGGGGCAUUAAAUUUUUGCCGACUUCUGUAAGCCGCCUUGAGUCCCCUCGGGUGAGAAAGGCAGGGUAAAAAUGCUGUAAAUAAAUAAAUAAAUUGAAUUUUUGCCA